AUGGAUUCCGACAGUCGACCAGCAGUAUCACCUUCUUCUCCUCAUCCGCCCGCCUUAAGCGAUGGACAACUCAUAGUCCAGCCCCGCAGACCGGCUGUUUCUAAUUGCCGUCGCCCUCGCGCCCCCACGGCCACGUCUGGACCGCCGCCAGAGCAUGCGCCUCACGAUGAUGUCGUUGCGACAGGGACUUGGAUGCCGACAACGCCAGGUACUUGUCGCUCGUCUGAUGCCCAACCUCCCUUGCCAGCCCAUGAAGGCUGCUCAAACGCCUUGGGUAUUCAUGACCCCUCGCUAAAGGCACUGCCACCCGAGAUUUUACUCCAUAUCUUGGGCUAUCUUGACGUGUGCGAUCUGCUGCCUAUCUCUCGUAUACACGUUGCUGACUCGGCCGCACGGCUGCAGGCAUGCCACUACUUGCGCUCUCUCUGUGCGGAUCCAAUACUCCAUCAAUACCGCCUCAGACGCACUCGGCUCACCCUCCCUCCUUUACUAGCUAUGCACAACCGACUUUCCCUAGCAGAUCUGAUCACACGCUCCAUCUUCCUCACGCACACAUCAGUUGUGUCUCGAAGACUUGCUCGGUCUCUUGUAUCCAUCCGCUUGUCCCGUCGUCUAGCCGCUCGCCCCUCCCCAGAGGCCCUAGUUGAGCGUGCAGUGCUACCCCCGGAAUGCGUCCCCGGCAUGGCUACUGUACACGUUGUCCCUGGUCUGGUUGCUAAGCGCAAGGCUAUUGAAAAGGAAAGAGUCAAGGAUGGUCUGAGGCGGUGGAUUGCUGCCAAGUGGCGCGGGGAGGUACAAGAGCGAGAAGAAAUGGUUCGCCACCAUGAUGAAGUACGUGGCGUAGGCCGGGUAUGGCGACUUACUCGAUUUUGGGAGCAGGUCGGUCGUGGAGAGCAUCAUCUAGCCAUACGUUAG